GACUUCGUAUCAGCUGCUGUGGUCGCAUGUCCCGUUCAAGAGCAUCAUGCAGAAGAAGCGGGUCGAGGACACAGUCUUCGCCGUGGCCCUUGUCGCCCCCGUUGCGGCUCUCUUGUUUGUUUUAAAGAGUGUCUAGUCCAACUCAUAAUACGACUAGGGUUUGUGGCGAGAGGGGGAGCUAUGUCGCAAGCGGAGGACGCAGCUACGCCGCAGGCGGAGAAGCAGGAGCAGAAGCCCGCCGAGGGCGUCCACAUCAACGUCAAAGUGAAGAGCCAGGAUGGGAACGAGGUGUUCUUUAGGAUCAAGAAGAACACCCAGUUCAGGAAGCUGAUGACCGCCUAUUGCCAAAGGCAGUCGGUGGAAGCUGAUGCGAUUGCCUUUUUGUUUGAUGGGCGCAGGCUCCGCGCGGACCAGACACCCGAGGAGCUGGAAAUGGAAGACGGCGACGAAAUCGACGCCAUGCUCCAUCAGACCGGGGGCGCCUCGUAAGCUCCUCUCGCACAUUUGUUGUCAAGCCUCUGGUUUCUAAUUGGUAUGUAGCUAAGGACUUCCCGUUUCUUAUUGUCUAUUAUUAUGCACCUGUAAUCACAGCUCCUCUAGCUUUCAGGCUGAAGUCA